AUGGGCUGGGGCCGCGCCGUGUGCGCGCUGCUGGCCGCCGGGCUGCUGGCCGCCGGGGCUUUCCCCCAGACCAACAUCAAGAUCAGCCAAGCCCUGCCGGAGCCCGUGCACGCCUACUCCUGCCCUCUCUUCUGGACGGAGUAUGAAGGCCACUGCUACCGGUACUUCCCCAUCAACAAAACCUGGGCUGAAGCCGACCUCUACUGUGCUGAGUUCUCCAUCGGCAUCAGGUCAGCGAAGCUGGCCUCCAUUCACAGCUGGGAAGAAAAUGUCUUUGUGUACGACCUGGUGAACAGCCGUGUGCCCGGCAUCCCCACCGACAUCUGGACGGGGCUCAACGACCUGCGGCAGGAGGGUAACUUCGAGUGGACGGAUGGCUCCUCCUACGACUAUAACUACUGGGACGGCAGCCAGCCCGACGACGGCAUCCACUCCAUCCCGGAGGAGGAGGACUGCGUGCAGAUCUGGUACCGGGCCAGCAGCGCGCUGCGCUCCUGGAAUGACAACGCCUGCAGCCGAGCCUUUCCCUUUGUCUGCAAAAUCCCCUCACUGGCCCUGGACUGA